AUGAAUCCAAUAUCGUUUGGUAACGCAAAUGCGGGGUUUCAGUUCGGGAGCAAUCACGGACCGAUCCAUAUCUCAUCCGACCGACCAGAAACCCCACCGCAGACGAUAGACAACGAGGUGCUGAGGUCACUGGCAUUUCCGCAGAUGCUAGAUCGGAGAGACAAUAUCGAGCCAUGUCAUCCCAAUACAUGCCAAUGGAUUUUGGAGAUGGAAGAGUACAAGUCCUGGAGAAGCCAGUCCCGCGGUCUACUGUGGAUCAAGGGCAAGCCAGGUGCGGGCAAGUCGACCUUGAUGGUAUUCCUGCACGACAAACUCAAGAGUUUACGCGACCAGGGUCUUUGGCUCGACUUUUUCUUUACCGCUCGGGGCACGGAGAUGCAACGUACACCGCUAGGGAUGCUGAGAUCGUUGCUGAACCAGAUUUUCGAUCGCGACGAGACAGUGCGCCCUCAAGUACGGGAGGCCUAUGAACAGCGUUGUAGGCAGUUUGGGUACGGUGAACGCAAGUGGGAAUGGCCACGAGUGGUGCUCGAAGAGUUACUGGCAAGUGCCAUCCUGACAUCGGCCACUCAGCAGCACAUAACUAUUUUUGUCGAUGCUCUAGAUGAGGCUGGGACGGAGUCCGCUCAGCGGCUGGUAGCAUACUUUCACAGGGUUAUUGAUCGCGCGGACAAACAGAAGGUCACCGUUCAAAUUUGUCUCUCAUGUCGACACUAUCCUAUCAUAGGAAAUGCCCGGGCUACAGAGAUACACAUCGAAGAUUAUAAUCAUGAAGACAUCGCCACAUAUAUCAAGGACAUCCUUGCGGACACGGAGGUCAGGGACGGUCCUAGUCAGGAGACGCGAGAGGUGCUGGUCGAGCAAUUGACCCAGCAAGCUAAUGGGGUGUUCCAAUGGGCCCAUCUCGUGAUGCCUCUUAUCAGGCAGAAGAUUCUUGAAGGCGAAUCGUUUAAUGACAUCCGUUGCUGGUUACACGAGGUCCCGGCCGGCCUAGAAGACGCCUAUACGUACAUUCUGAACAACGUGAUCGAUGACAGGAAUCGGGAGCACUCCUUCCUGUUGUUUCAAUGGGUGUGCCUGGCUGAGCGGCCCCUGACUGUGACAGAGAUGCGGUAUGCCAUGGCAGCUCGGCAUGCCGGAAUAAUGACUUCCCCUCUAAAGACAUGGGAGAAGAUCGACGGAUUCGUCGAAAGCAACGAACGCAUGAAGCGAAGAAUCAAGACACUUUCUGGUGGAUUAGCAGAAGUAGUCUCAAGCGAGGGUUCUAACGAGACUGUACAGGCAGUCCACCAGUCAGUGAAUGAUUUCUUGCACGGAAAAGGACUAGGGCUUUUGUAUCAAAGUAUCGGUACCAGUACAUCAUCCAUGGACGAGGGAAAUAUUCAUUUUCUUUGCCACGCAACUCUCUACGGAUCGUGUCUGGCUUAUCUUGCUACAGUACAUAUACCUGAAGAGUUGUGUGGUGUUCGGAGGGUGAAAAGGGACAACUUUGAGAGGGCGCAAAAAGACCUUGUCCGGGAUCACCCAUUGCUUACUUACGCCACCAUCUACCUCUUCGUUCAUGCCGAAAAAGCCGCCGGCUCGAGAGCGGACGUGCUAUCGAAUGAACAAGCUAUCCUACAGCAAGUUUUUGGACAUUGGGUCCAGAUUUACCAGAUUAUAUAUCCCUUUAAAAGCGCAUGCCCACCGACAGGCACGACACUCUUACACAUGGCUGCAGCUGCCAAUCUGGUUGAUGUCAUAGAAUCUGUGUUACCGAACAGUGAGGAUAUAGCGAAAAAAGACGGAAAUGGAAAUACGGCAUUCCAUAUAGCAGCACAAGAAGGUCAUCUAACAGUAGGCAAAUUACUGCGGAAGAAGGGGGCAAACUGGGGCGCACACAGCCCAUAUGAAACAACAGCAUUAAUCGAGGCGGCCAGCUGUGGCCGUGUGAGAUUUGUCGAAUGGCUUCUGCAUGAGGGAGCGAAGAUUGAAGCAACAGAGCAUGAAAGUGGAGAGGCGCUACAAUUGGCUCCGCUCGGGGGGAACCAGAGUGUGGUGGAAAUAUUACUUGGAGCCGGAACCGAGAUCAAUUCGCGGAGUGGUAAAUUCGGCAAUGCCCUACAGGCUGCUGCCUGGAAAGGACACACGAAGAUAGUGCGAAUGCUACUCGACGCUCACGCCGAUGUCAAUGCCCAAGGUGGUGAAUUCGGCAAUGCCCUACAGGCCGCUGCCUUGGGAGGCAGUAUCGAGAUAGUGCAGAUGCUACUAGAUGCUCACGCCGAUGUCAAUGCCCAAGGUGGUGAAUUCGGCAAUGCCCUACAGGCUGCUGCCUGGAAAGGACACACGAAGAUAGUGCGAAUGCUACUCGACGCUCACGCCGAUGUCAAUGCCCAAGGUGGUGAAUUCGGCAAUGCCCUACAGGCCGCUGCCUUGGGAGGCAGUAUCGAGAUAGUGCAGAUGCUACUAGAUGCUCACGCCGAUGUCAAUACCCAAGGUGAUAAAUAUGCUAAUGCCUUACAGACUGCUGCCGGGAACGGACGUAUCGAGAUAGUGCGAAUGCUACUCGGGGCUCACGCCGAUGUCAAUGCCCAAGGUGGUGAAUUCGGCAAUGCCCUACAGGCUGCUGCCUGGAAAGAACACACGAAGAUAGUGCGAAUGCUACUCGACGCUCACGCCGAUGUCAAUGCCCAAGGGGGUGAAUUCGGCAAUGCCCUACAGGCCGCUGCCUCCGAGGGAAAUACCGAGAUGGUGCAGAUGCUGCUCGAUGCUCACGCCGAUGUCAACGCCCAGGGGAUGCUGAUCGAUGCUCAAGCCGAUGUGAAUGCCCCAGGUGGUCCAUAUGGAUCCCCUCUCUUGGCGGCUGUUCAUGAGGGCGAUUCUGAUCAGGUUCAGAUUCUUCUUAACGCAGGCGCUGAUCCGUUGCUCUCGGAUGAGCUGGACCACACUCCUCUUCAUAUUGCAGCUUCGAGAGGCAUGCUCCACAUUCUCUGUCGAUUUUCGCAACUCGCCUCGGCUAUCAACAAGCGGGACAAACUCCUACAAUCCCCUCUCCAUCUGGCUGUUUGCUUCGGUCACAUUGAAUUUGCUAUCAUGCUCCUCGAUCUUGGUGCGGAUCCUUCGCUUCCAGAUAGUUAUGGCAGAAAUAUCAUGGACUGGGCGCUAGAACAUCAAACCCUGAUGCUUCACAUCCGUAACCACUGUCCUCAGAUCGUCCUGACCCCUGAUGAGACUCAAAAACUGACUGUUCGUCAAUCAAUACUCCAAAUCUCAGAUACGCUUCUACGUUCUAAACUGGACUCUCCAUGGCGUCUCUUGCAACAAUUAGGUCGCUAUUUCUUGUUUCUCGACGACGUAGACAAUGCGCGCCGUCUACUUCAGUUUCGCCUGUCUCAGGAUACAUUCUUCGGCAUUGAUCCACGCAAUAUUUCCUGCGAUAUCUGUGAAGAACCCAUCACCGAGUCUCACUUUGUGUGCGGACUCUGCGUUCAUAUGGAUCUAUGCUCCUCCUGCGUACAAGAUUACCCCUACCAUAGCCGAUUGCACCCAAAGCAAGAGCACAAAAUCUUUCAAGUGCCCGAUGUGCCUGAUAACGAGUCUCGACUCACUAGACCGGCAUCAGAGGAAUUGAGCAUUUUCUUGAGCAAUCUCGUACACGAAUUUCUCUCCCAAAAAACUGAGACGGAGCCAUCAAAUGAUUCCGUGUUUUCCCCGGCACCGAAUAAGACAGCUCUAGUUUCAAGGACUCUUUUAGGCCCAGGGACAAUGGCGCUUGCCAUUUUAUUCGGGCUUACUGCAGUCUUGCUAGGAUGUUGGUACUUUUAG